CGACAAAAAAAUUCCAUUAUUCUCAAAAUUGCAGGUCUCUCUCUCUUAUUCUCUCCCUGUUCAGGUCAUCUUCUUCGAACCCUACCGUUCGUAUACUAACACAUUUGAAGAAAUCUUUCAAUCUGUCGUACACCAUUAAACUGAGGAUGUUGGGAAUACUUAGGCGUAGAGUUGCCUCUGGCGGCUCUUCUGGCUCGAUACUCGGUCGUUCAUCUCGGGUGAUUCGGACUCCUGACCGUACUUCUUCUAUAGUUGUAUCAUGUGCUGGACAAGAGGAUUUGCAUCAUCUAUCAGGGAGCGGGCAUGCUCGGAAUCUAUCCAACUUUAUUUUACCAGGCCAUUCUAUUGGAAGCCAAAUGCGGCAUGCUGUGUCUGGUUCUCAGACUGUUGCUACCAUGGUAAUGCAAAGCCGAUUGUUCUCUUCUGACGGUGAUCUUGUUGAUGCUGUAGUACCAUAUAUGGGCGAAUCCAUAACUGAUGGAACUUUGGCCAAGUUCUUAAAGAAUCCUGGUGACAGUGUUGCCAUUGAUGAACCAAUUGCUCAAGUGGAAACAGAUAAGGUGACGAUAGAUGUUGCAAGCCCCGAAGCAGGUGUGAUCCAAAAGUUUACAGCAAAAGAAGGGGAUACGGUGGAGCCUGGUACUAAGAUAGCUAUUAUUUCAAAGUCUGGUGAAGGUGUAGAGAAAGCGGUUCCAUCUGAAAAGGCUUCAGACAAAGAUUCUGCUCCACCACCCACUCCUGCUAAGGGUGAAGAGGAAAAGAAAAAACCUGAAAGUGCUCCUGUUCCAGAGAAGACAACCAAACCUACUCCAGCUCGCCCUUCUCCUCCUCCUAAAGGCACUGCUUCUGAACCUCAGCUCCCGCCAAAAGACAGGGAAAGAAGAGUUCCAAUGACAAGGCUCAGGAAAAGAGUCGCAACUAGGUUGAAAGACUCACAAAAUACAUUUGCAUUGUUGACUACAUUCAAUGAAGUUGAUAUGACCAAUUUGAUGAAACUUCGUUCGGAUUACAAAGAUUUAUUUGUUGAAAAGCAUGGAGGAGUAAAGUUGGGGCUUAUGUCUGGAUUUAUCAAAGCUGCUGUUAGCGGGCUCCAGAAUCAACCAAUUGUUAAUGCUGUUAUUGAUGGAGAUGAUAUUAUAUACAGAGACUAUAUAGACAUCAGUGUAGCUGUUGGUACUCCAAAGGGGCUGGUUGUUCCUGUUAUCCGCAAUGCUGAUAAAAUGAAUUUUGCGGAAAUAGAGAAAGAAAUAAGCUCACUUGCUAAAAAGGCAGUUGAUGGAAGUCUUUCAAUUGACGAGAUGGCUGGAGGUUCAUUCACUAUAUCGAACGGAGGCGUCUAUGGAAGUCUAUUGAGCACACCUAUAAUAAACCCCCCUCAGUCUGCAAUUCUGGGGAUGCAUUCGAUAGUGAAUCGGCCAAUGGUGGUUGGAGGCAAUGUAGUUGCUAGGCCAAUGAUGUACAUUGCUUUGACCUAUGAUCAUAGGCUGAUUGACGGUAGAGAGGCUGUCUUCUUCCUUCGACGCAUUAAGGAUGUGGUUGAAGAUCCUCGCAGAUUGCUCCUCGAUGUUUAAGACGACAAUGAUGGAUCGAUGGCUUGCUUUUGAAAUUUGUUUUUUCUGUUGGCGAUAUACUAAAAAAACUGAAUAAUACCUCGAGAAGAUCGAGGAGAGGUGUCCUUACCCCGUUUUGAUAAGUUUUAUUUAUACUGUUGGGUUCUCAUCCAGUUUGCAGAAUACUCGCUUACCAGACGAGGUCAGUGUUACGUUUACUACUAUUCUUUUUGUGCACAUCAGAUGAUGUAUGAUAAAAAAUUAUACUGUUUAUGCUAUUUCUGCUUAAUGUUUCAUUUUGUACCAAUAGAUCAUUCUGAAAAUAUGAGUUCACUCA